AGUACCUAGGUUAAAACAUCUCACCAAAAAAAGACUUUAGGCGGAACCUUAGAACAUUUGAUUUCACAGUCCACAGCAGUCAGUGCCAGUCACUCACUAAUUUACUCAGAUACUUCUUAUUUAAUGCUGUCAAUGUUUCUUCUUCAUUAGAAUAUAUAUACAUACUUGUAAUCAUACCUGCUCGAGUACUCUCUCCUUUUACUUGUUAGAUACUAAGUCACUAACAAUGAACGGGAGCACCAAUGCCAAACAGUCGCAUGGUGCGAAUGAAGAAAAGUCGGGCCAUUAUUACGAUGAUCAUCAGUCCAGCGCCAGUGACGACGAUAGUAAUGCAGUUGAGGUGACCUUUGAUCCGGGAAGUCCGUAUCGUCGGAAAAGCUCCCUUAUAUAUACAGAAGCGACUUCUCCGUCAUUUGUAGCGUAUGGGCCUAGGCCAUCAGCAACUCAGUGUCUAGUUCACCAACUUCUUGAGGGUCAUAGACAUGAUAACCUAAAAAGCGUCUAUGGAGACCAUAAUGACUAUAAACGUGAGGACCUCGCUACUGAGGUUGGCCUGGACGACUACGUUGAGCCCAAAGGCAAAAAUGCGAGUCCACAAGAGACCACAUCUGUCACCGAAGUAGAGAGCGAUGUUAGCACCACAGAGGCGGGGAAGCUAGCCGAAACGUUGCGCAAGAACACGGCCAGGAACGGAAAACUUCCUCUAGAUCACAGUCACAGCCUCAACAGUCGACUGCUUACCAAGAAACAAUUGACUGACAUGGCUUGGGGAGUCCGAGAACUGAGUAGAAAGCUAGGGAGUAUAAAACUCAAGUUUCAAGCCAGGAGAAUAUUCCUAUUGACUAAGGUUUAUGAUCGUGAGCUCAUUCCCAAGACAAGAGAAGUAGCCAAGUGGUUGCUCAGCAAGGAUAGAGAUGUCCGCUACACCGUCUACGUGGAAGAGAGUCUAGAGAAGAAUAAAGAGUUCGAUGCGCCCGGUUUGUUGGAAGAGCUCCGAACAGAGUACUCCGACGCCGAUCAGAUGGAAAAUGGAACCCCAAAAGUUGUUCUGGAUAAUCGCCUACGAUAUUGGAACGAGAAGAUGUGCCGUAGGAGGCCGCAUACGUUCGACUUUGUCAUUACCCUUGGCGGCGACGGGACAGUUCUUUACGCCAGCUGGCUAUUUCAGCGAAUUGUGCCGCCUGUCCUCAGUUUUUCCCUAGGUAGCUUGGGAUUUCUCACCAAGUUUGAUUUCCACGAUUACCACGAUAUCCUCACCACGGCAUUUAGAGAUGGCGUCACAGUCAGUCUUCGGCUACGGUUUGAGGGAACGGUGAUGCGAAGUCGAAAACGGCCAAAUGAGUUGACCCAAAAUGAGUCUGUGGAUGGACAGGGGCCUCAGCGCAAGCGAGAUCUAAUCGAAGAGCUGAUCGGCGAAGAGCGGGAUGAUGCGCAUACUCACAGACCAGAUUGCACGUACGAGAUCCUCAACGAGAUCGUCGUCGAUCGGGGUCCCAACCCAACAAUGUCCUACACGGAGAUAUUCGGAGAUGAUAACCACUUCACCUCCGUCCUCGCCGACGGCGUCUGCGUAUCGACACCCACCGGCUCCACGGCGUACAACCUCGCAGCCGGUGGAUCCCUGUGCCACCCCGAGAACCCGGUGAUGCUAGUGACCUCGAUAUGCCCGCACACGCUCUCGUUCCGGCCCAUCAUCCUCCCCGACACCAUCGUGCUGCGCAUCGGCGUGCCCUACGACGCGCGCACCAACAGCUGGGCCAGCUUCGACGGCCGCGAGCGCAUCGAGCUCUUCCCCGGCGACUACGUCACCAUCAGCGCCAGCCGGUUUCCCUUUGCUAGCGUGCAGCCACCGGGCAGACGGAGCGAGGAUUGGGUUAAUUGUAUUAGUGCCAAGCUGGGGUGGAAUACGAGGCAGAAGCAGAAGAAUGAGGGGUUUAGACACUGGGAUGGUAAGUAGAAGGAAGAAUCUGCUGGCAUUAGAUUGACAGAGUGGUAGAAGAGGUGGGGCGGAAUAAGUCGUAUAGACUAAGACGGUUUUAUGAUAUGAUAUACUGGGGGAUUUAAGGGAUCGGGUGGCGUGGGAGUAUAGGGUAGAUCUAGGCUGAACGGGUGACCGUUUGGGUGAUGGGUAGUUGCUGCGUGCCUAUUGAUUUAUUUUUUACAGUA